AUGGAGUCCGACGGCAGCCCAGCCGCCGAAGAGCGUCGCCAGCAUCAGCAUCAGCAGCAGCAACAGCACGAGCUUCACGAGCAGCAGCAGGAAGGGGAGUCCUCGAUCCCCGUGGCGAGCCUGCGCGACCUGAUCGACGCCGAGAAGGCGCUCUAUCCUGGCGCCAGCACCUGGGCCCCGGAUGAAGACCGUCUCUUUGAGAUCCUCUUCCUCAGGCAGGAACUGCCGCUGCUGCCCUCGAACUGGACCAUGGACUUUCGCGGCGUGCCCAUGACGGACACCAUCUUCCAAACCUCGGACGAGUACCCGCGCAUCGUCUACGCCCGCGACAACAACUUUCAUGCGACAACGGCUCUCACGCACCUCAUCGAGGUGACUAUGCAAGUUAGGACCUCCUGCCAAUCGGGCUUGCGCCACAAGGCACCUUCGAUCAUCAAAAAGGCCAUCGAGCGCUACAUCUACUGGGCUGCCGAGGACGGUGACUACCAGAACCUCCGCUACAUCCCCAACAUCACCGUCGCCACCGUCGACGAGGGCCUGGAGGAGGAUGAUAUAACCAGGUUCAUGAAGCGGCACAUGCGCGCCCUCGCCCGUCUCCAGCGCGAGUUUCUCAAGGAAUCCCGAGAUGCCGACUUCUGGUAUGUCGGCGGCAAGCGGGCGCGACAUGUGCGCUCCCCCAGACGACUGCGCUCCUCCAGAGAUGAACGCUUCUACGAACACGCGCGCCUCAUCAGGAAAUACAUGCUCGACGAUGACGACGACGACGCCGAACUUGGGAGUCGGUCGACUGGCGAGGACCGGUCGGCUGCUGAUGAGUCGAUGACGGGCGCGACGGGGGAAGAGAUGGAACUGGACAUUGUGGCAAAUGCCGGGACUCAGAGCCGGCCAGUCUCUACAAGCCCCUGCACCCGCAUUGGCGAAGGGCUGGCCGCCAUGGACUUGGAUGACCAAGAGGCGCUGGCCCAGGACUACGCAACAGGCAGGCUCCAACACCACGAGACUAGCGGUGCCCUCUUCCGCGACCGCGACCUCACACCGGACAGCGCGAGCAGGGCCUCUGAAUCGCUCCGUCUCGACGACACCGCCGUCCACGCUGACCCCGAGCAGGCCACAACAUACCGCCGUCACCCCCCCGUCGUCUACGGCCUCUUUAUCCUGCACACCACCGUCUUCCUCGUCACCCUCGACUCGGCCAAGGGCGAGGCCGCCGACGUCAGCUACCACGUCGACAUGGUCCUGACUGACGUGGGCCAGAGCGUCUGGAACGCCCUGACCAUUGCCAUCGCCGUGUGCCGCGCGCGCGACGAGCUCAUGGCGCGCGUCGACGACUUUGAGCCUCUCGACUUGGUGGAGGAGAGCGACCCCGAUGCGUGA